CCAUUGGUAAUCCGCAUCCGCAAGAGACGUGUGGGUAUAGUAAAUCGUCGCGCGUACGUACGUGACGAUCGAUGAGGAUCGUCGGGGUUGCAAAGCCGGAGAGGAUGUCUUCCAUGGAGCGGGAGCCCAAGACGCUCUCCCUCGGCGAGCUCAAUUACGCCAGGGAAGCGGCGCUGUACGUGCUGACCACGCACUCCUCGCAGGACGCAGCCCGGAUCUUCACCGAGGGUCUGAAGCCGGUGCUCGGCGUCAGGAGGAACUCGACGGACUCUGACUCGGACGACGACGAGGAAGGGGACGUGUUUGAUCCGGACGCGCUCCUCGACAAUCACGACGUGCGCCGUCAUCGCCAGAUGCGUGGGCGCAUCGCCAAGAAACGAGACUUUGCUACAGCACCCUUCUAAUUACCUUCACAUACCUAUAAAAAAGGCUACGAUCACAUCCAUGUAAAACGGGGGUCUACAGUUUUGCCUGUUCAUAAGAGUUUUUUUUUAACGUAGUAUUAGCGAGUUCUGCUGCAGC